AUGGCUGGUUUUUGGAAUUGGGAGCAGGUUUUCCGUGGGUUUCUUAUAGGUGUUUAUUGUUGGCUUUCUAAUUCACAAGACAUAACUACAACCAAUGUUUAUUAUGAGGAGCCAUAUCUGGUUUGUGGAGAAGAGCGUCUGGAGUAUGCCAUUCCCCCAAUUAAUGAUGCCAAGUUUUCUGUUCGGCUUGUAGUGCAGGACCGUGACGGGAAUCUGAAGCCUCUUAUGAGUAAUUCUUCCUGUGGGAUCUGGGCUACCCCAGCGUCUGAUGGCUUCCUGUAUGUGGAUGUGGAAUAUGAUGGUUGUUUCAUUGAAAAGGAGGAUAACUACUAUAGGAUGACCUUACUGAUGCAACACAAUGUUACAGGAAAAUGGGAAGUCUUUGAAAAAGAAACUCUGAGAUGUGAAGCUUUCGAAGCGAAGGAUGCGCCAGCCUUGAAUGUCUGCUCAGAGGUUCAGCGAUCCAACAGACUUCCUUGUGAUGGGGUUUCUCUGUCUGAGGACACAUGUCUUCAACUUGGCUGCUGUUAUGACCCAAGUGAUGCAAUAAAUCCAUGUUACUAUGGAGACAAAGUAACUGCACAAUGUACGAGAGAUGGACAGCUGUCUGUUGCCAUAUCCAAGGAUGUCGCAUUACCAUCGCUUGUUCUCAACUCUGUCCGGCUACUAAGGGAUGGGGGUGCUGGUUGCGCUCCAGUAGCGCAAAAUGAUGCCUUUGUUUUGUUCCAAUUCCCCUUGUCAGCCUGUGGUACCAGACGCAGUGAGAAUAGUGGAAAUGUGCUAUAUGAAAAUGAUCUGAUUGCUGAAAAGGACAUCAGGACUUUGAGUGGUGUCUCCAUUACCAGGGACAGUACCUUUAGACUCCAUAUUCGCUGCAGUUUUGCUGCUAGUGGCUCAGAACCUCUAAGUGUGGAAGUAUACACCCUUGCUCCUCCACCUCCAGUAUCUAGUUCUGGACCACUGACAUUGGAAAUGAGGAUAGCUCAAACUAAUGAGUAUGCACAGUACUAUGAAGCUAGAGACUACCCAAUAGUAAAGUAUCUCCGGGAACCAGUAUAUGUUGAAGUUCGCAUCUUACACAGGACAGACCCAGGAUUGAUUCUGGUGCUAGAAGACUGUUGGGCCACUCCGUCUGCUAACCCUAUGGAACAACUGCAGUGGCCAAUACUUGUGGACAGGUGCCCAUUUGCUGGAGAUAACUACAAAACCCAGCUGCUGUCAAACACCCCAAAUUCUGCAGCAGAUUUGGCCUCACAUUACAAACGCUUUAUUCUUGGUACCUUCACAUUUCUUGAUCAAACUUCCCAGGAAGCCUUAGGUGGGCUGGUCUUCUUGCACUGUAGUGCUUCUGCCUGUACACCUUCCUCAUUGGAGUCGUGUGACACCACGUGCAGUUCUAAAAGAAGAAGAAGAGCCAUUGAAAAAUUGAAGGAUUCCUCUUUGACCUUGGUAUCUUCUCAAGGCCCCAUCGAGUUCUACUCUGAAAAUGAGCGUUCAAGUCAAACGGGUAAUUCAUGA